AUGUCCCCAAAACAAAGCAAGUUGUGGAGAUUUUUUGAUAAAUUGGAUGACAAUUUUGCAAAGUGUUUGCUAUGUGGGAAAAAAAUAAAAACCUCUGGAAAUACAACCAAUUUAAGAUGUCAUUUACUGUCAUUUACGAAGGCUAUGUCCGAUAUAACAGGAAAAGGAAAUACACAUAAUACCCAAAAGCUAGAAUCUUGUUAUUCUACUAGCAGCACUAGUGUAAGUGUCAAUACGGAAAGUGCUGAUAAUAAUUCAGAAAAAAAUGGUGGUAACGAUGAUUCGGCAGAGAAGAAAAGUUUUAAGGGCCAGCGUACAAUAAAUGAAACAUUUCGGGAUGCAAUUUCAUAUGCUGAAGGUGGCAAUAGAUAUACAAAAAUAUCAAACAGUAUUCUUUAUAUGAUAUGUAAAGACUAUCAACCAUUCUCUAUUGUUGAAGAUAAGGGAUUCAGACAAUUAUUUCAAACAUUAGCACCACAAUAUAAAAUACCAACAAGAAAAACACUCACAAAUUUACUGGAAAACCGAUAUAUUGCUGCAGCAGCACAUGUUAAAACAAAAAUAGAAAAUAUUGACAAUUACAGCCUAACUGCAGAUAUUUGGACAGAUACUUUAAAUAGCACAAGUUUCUUUGGCGUAACACUUCACUUUCAGGAAGACAUUAGAAUAAGUAGCCUUGCAUUAAAUGUUUGGGAACUUAGUGAAAGACACACCAGUGAGAAUAUUUCAAAGACAUUACAAACAAUUUGCAUGGAUUGGGGUAUUGUAAAAGAAAAACUAAGUGUAAUUGUUACAGAUGGUGCAGCAAACAUGGGUAAGGCAAUAGAAUUAUGUUUCGGGCGCACACGACAUUUACACUGUUUUGCUCAUCAAAUAAAUUUAAUUGCUGAAAAAGCUAUAGAAGAUACACCUAAUUUAGGUGAGUUAAUAAAAAAAAUGAAAACUGUAGUUACCUGGUUUAAACAAAGCAUAAUAGCCGCAGAUGAAUUAAGAGCAGCUCAGAAAUCAAAUACAGUUCAAUACAGUUUAAAACAAUCCGUGCCCACAAGAUGGAAUUCUGUAUAUUACAUGAUCAAAAGAUUUUUGGAGUUACGGGAAUAUGUUAAUAUUAUAAUAAAUAAUCAUACCACUGCACCACUCAUGUUAACAGCACGAGAACUCAGUGAUUUAUCAAAAAUUAAGUCACUAUUAGAACCACUGGAAGCUGUAACUACAGAAAUUUCUGGAGAGCAUUUUCCUACAGGAAGCACCAUUAUUCCAAUAGUGUACCAUUUAAUUAAAAAAACAGAAGAAAUUAAUGUGGAUGAUUCAGAUCUUGGAACAGUUUUUAAAGAAAAAUUAGUUCAGCAAAUAAAAAAAAGACUAGGGUCAGCUGAACAAGUAGCUGUACUAGCAAAAGCUACAGUCUUGGAUCCAAGAUUUAAAAAACUGUACUUUUCGAACCCCCUAAACUGUGCGAAGGCUGUAGAACAUAUACUUAUCGAUUUAAAAACUAUAAAUCCUACAGAAACUGAAACUACAAUCAAUGAGAAUUUAAACACUGCACAGUCGAAUACUUCAGAUAAAUUUAAUUUGUGGUCAAAUCAUCAAAGUAUAGUUGAAGAACAUUUAGCAUCAACUUCAACUGUUACAACUGAGACUGAAAGUUCAUCGGAAAUUAGUUUAUAUUUAAGAACUCCAGUGGUGCCAUUAAAUACCAAUCCUCUAGAAUGGUGGAAAAAUCAUAAAGAUAUGUACUCUAAUUUGUACAAAAUAACAAAACAAUAUUUAUGUGUUAUUGCUACUUCUGUACCUUCAGAACGCCUUUUCUCUAAAGCUUCACAAGUAUUAACCGAAAGGCGGAACAGAUUAAGUGGCAAUAAAUUGCAAAAAAUCCUAUUUCUAAGAUCUGUUGACGAAAAAAUUUUUUUCAGCAUCAACUAG